UGAGAACUAGGGUUUUAGUUUAUCAGAGAAAACUGGAGCAGUGUUGGCGCGUGAUUCGUCGGAGAUGGUACUUCGUGAUUGGAGAGCAGAUGCAAGAACGCCCCGAUUUUUUGUGGAUUCUGAGGAAUCGAUUGAUGAAGAUGCGUUGGCUGUUGCAGAAACAGAGGAUGGUGGUAGCUUCUUUCUUGACACAUGGGGUCAAAUCAGGAGAAAUCGCCCGCCGGUGCGACCGAAGCUCUUAGAUCUGUGUCUGCGAGGAGUUGCGGAAAACUCACAUGCGUUAUCUUCUCUGCAACUUGUACCAGAUGAUUUGAAAAGCAGGAUAGCGUCUAUGGUGCCUCGUUUGAGUAAGAUCGAUGCCAAUUUCGUGAAGCUUUUGGUUCAAGAUUCGCCAGCUGAGGUUAUUGUCAAGGACUGCUCAAGUUUGGAAGAGAAUGAUGUGAAAGAUAUUCUCUCUGCCUGUAACGGAGAUAAGUUGCAAGUCUUAAUACUCUACUUCUGUGCACAAGCCCAUACAGAUAGCUUGUUGUCCAUCUCAUCAAACAGAUUUCCAGUGUUGUCAUCGUUAUCUCUGAGGGGUGCAUUCCGUCUGACUGAUAAUGCGCUGGACUCGAUCUCAAAGGCUGCUCCUUCACUUGAGUUAAUUGACCUCUCAGAGUGCUCUAUGCUCACAUCCUUUGCGAUGGUGAUUCUGGUCAACAACUUUGGAGCCACUCUGAGAGGUCUUGACAUUGAAGGCUGUCAAAUCGACCUAUCUCAAGUUUCAGAGGUCGUAAAAAACUUCAAGUCCCUCGAAUAUUUUUCAAUCGCAGGAGUUGAAGGUGUUGAUGAUGGUUUCGUUGUCAAGUUUCUUGAAGUCUGCGGUUCUAAGUUGACUGGUCUUUCUCUUGCCAGAUGCGAGGAUGUAAGUGACGUCUCCAUCCAAGCAAUUGGAAAAUAUUGUGCAAAUCUAGGUGCACUUGAUGUUUGGGGCGUGGUUAAGUUGACCGACAUGGCCCUGAAAUAUAUGUCUGUCUGCAGUUCGCUGUGCGUUCUCAAAUUUGGGAGUAACAGUUUCAGUGAUCAGGCUAUAGCUACUUUUCUUGAAGAAGGGCCAGGACCUUCUCUGCAACAGUUGUGCCUUCAUAAAAUCAGGGAGGUUGCUCAACAAACUGCCACGACUUUAUCUGAGUGUUGCAAGAGUUUAUGGUAUCUUGACCUAUCUUGGUGUCAGAAAAUCACUGGAGAAGAUGUAUGCAAGAUACUCGUUGGUUGCCCGUCACUAAGCCAAGUUAGGGGUUUUGGAUGCAAGAAGGUACUCAGAAAAGCUCUUGAAGCUGCUGAAGUGAUCAGAUCUUAAAUGUAAUCUGGUUGACAAAGAAGUGAUAGACUUUCUUAACAUAUCGUAAAAGACUUGGGGGUUUUGAAGUGAUAUAUUUUUCAUGUAUGAGACAACUUAUGUGUUUUGGAUGCAAGCAAGUACUCAGAAAAGCUAGAUUUUAAAUGUAAUCUUUCAAUCUAAAUUUUAAGGGGGUGUUAUUGGUUUGGGAUUUAGAAAGACUUUUAAUGAGUUUAAAAGUUAUGUAGAAUAUGUUGUUAUUCAAUCAAGAUUUUUAAAAA